GCCAGUUUAUGUGUUAAUUGUUGAAGCUACGAUUCCCAAACCUGGUUUGAGAUGAUUUCAACUACUGGCGCAGAGCUAAGACGAGGACAUGCUCGCAAGAGAUCAACAUCAAAGGAGACACCGAAACCUAAACUGCUAUUCACACGAUUUAAGCAAGUGCUAUUGCUGUGGAACAGUUCUUACAUUUCCUAGUCGAGCCAAGAAGUUUAGGUGUUCUGUAUGUCAAACGACAAACUUGUUUGAAUUACAAACUUCAUCUUUCCCCACUUCAUCAGAAACAGACCUUCCUCAUGUGGUUUCCUACGAAUAUGUCAAAAAGUUGGUGGAUCGCUGUUACAAUAGUACAUCGUCUGAAUCUGGUCAAUCCCAAACCUUGCAUCAAAUAUUUGAACCACUUUCAUCAUACUUGUAUUUGGCGUUUAAAAGCAAUGACGUUCUUUCCAAAUCAUUCAAGGUGAGAAAGGCAAGUAAACGAGCACAUUACCACACUUCAAAUAUUAAUUAUCAGGAUAUUCACGAUAUGUUUAGCCUAUUGACCAAGCUACCUACAAAACGACCCUUGUUUUCUGCAUUGAAAGGUGCUCUGGAACAAUUAAAGAGAAUAUUGAUAUUUAAAGAUAGCAACGACCCCAGAAACUAUUAUUGGCUAUUGAUCUUGUUGGAAAUACCCAUCUUGCAACGUUCGUUACUUGAUAACGAUGCUUCUACCCUGAAGCUUAUGAGCGAUGUUCCUGAAAUUAAGAUGUUGAGUUAUGAUAUUCUCAAGCGAUGUUUGGGGAUCUUGUCAUGCAUUGAUGCGAUAACUACUACUAAUUACAUUACCAGUUGGUUUUCCAAGAUGGACGAUGACCAAUUUGUCAAGAAUGUGGAUUUGAUCAAUUUGUACAUCACCUUCCAACUUAAGAAAUAUUUGUAUUUGGCAAAUAACCCAGGAGUAAGACUUAGUCCUAACCCGCAACAUCUGCCCAAUGAGCAUGUUAGUCUGCAUGAUGCCGAGUAUUUCCAGAAUUUAAACUUGAAGAGACAUCUUGAGGUUGAUGACCCAGUGGAGGCACAUUUAUCCGUGACUAGUCCGCCAGCAAACCUCUUUGGCAAACCAAAAGGAAAAAAGAAGGAAAAGGGGGAAGUCAAGGUCAAGGUUCACCAGUAUGGUAAUGAUUGGCAUAUCAAGUCUGCCCUUAUGGUGAUGAAUAUGCUUUACAGAGCCAACAUUUCACGACUACACCCGAUCCCCGUUUCGUCAUUUUAUAAUUCAUUGGUGGAUUUUGUGAAUAUCAAAUUGGAUUAUGAUUCUUGGCAAAGCAGUAAACGAAAUAGUUUGCGAGAGGGGAAAAGCACACAUCCUGAGAUUCUGCAAGUUAUUGGAUUCCUUCAUGGAACUAGUAUAAACAAGAAUUUGUUUGAUGAUGCUUUGUAUUAUUUCUGCCAAUAUCCGUUUUUGAUUUCAUUAGGUGGGAAGAUAUCUGUGUUGGAAUACGAAGCAAGACGACAGAUGGGACGGAAAGCUGAGGAGGCAUUCAUUAACUCAUUGGACAAGAGAACUACUAUUGAUAUUUAUUUCAAAGUCAAGGUUAGACGAGAAAGAAUAGUUCAAGAUUCAUUAGAGUGCAUCAAGUUGAACUCCAACAAUCUUAAAAAGAGUUUAAAGGUUCAUUUUAUAAAUGAACCUGGUGUUGAUGCUGGGGGUUUAAGAAAAGAAUGGUUUUUGUUGUUAACAAGGGCAAUUUUCCACCCACAGACUGGGAUGUUGCAUAACGUUGAAGAUUCAAACUAUUUAUGGUUUAAUAUUGUCCCUGUUGAAAAUUUUGAAAUGUACUAUUUAUUCGGGGCAGUGUUAGGAUUGGCGAUUUACAAUUCUACAAUUUUGGAUUUACAAUUCCCGUUGGCGUUGUACAAGAUCCUUAUGGGUAAACUGUUGGAUCAUAACGAUUACAAGACGAUAUUUCCUGUUUCUUAUAAGAACUUGAUGAGUUUGAAAACAAUGACUGCCGAAGAAUUGGCAGAACUCGAGUUGACAUUUGAAGUUAGUUAUUCCGAUGCAUUUGGAACGAACUUAACCGGGGAUUUGAUUCCCACUGGUUCGCAAAUCAGUGUCACUGCAGAUAAUUUGGACGAAUAUAUUGAGAAAUAUAUUGGAUUCUUUAUAAAGGACGGCAUCAAGCGACAGGUUCGCUCGUUUCAUGAAGGAUUCAUCCAUGUCAUUGGCGGCAAUGCCCUUUCGCUAUUUCUGCCGGAAGAAAUUGAAUUACUAUUAUGUGGAAGUGACGAUAGUGGGAUCGAUGUAGACUUGCUUAAAUCAGUGACAAAAUAUUCGGGGUGGAAACCAAGUGAAGAUGCACAGAAUUCAAAUAUUAUCAAGUGGUUCUGGGAAUACAUGAAUGACAUGUCAAAUAAAGAACGAAGGAAAUUGUUGGGAUUCGUUACUGGGUCUGAUCGAGUGCCUGCUACGGGUAUUCAGAAUUUGGUGUUUAAGAUAACGUUGCUAAAGGCGUAUGACAGUAAUCGUUUACCGGUUGCUCAUACUUGUUUUAACGAAUUGGCGAUUUAUGAAUAUAGCUCCAAGGCAAAAUUGGUUGGUAAAUUAAGUAAGGCAAUUUUUGAAAGUGCGGGUUUUGGGAUAAAGUAGGUAUUUAGGGAAUAAAUGACAACUAUCAUGAAACUCUAACAGCAUUGUUUUUGAUUGCAAUAUGCUUCUAAUAUCCGUCGGAAAAACUGUGCUCUAAUCACCGUGGUUAACUCAGAUAAUAAUGUAGCUCUUAAAAUUAUGCAGCAAUAUGUCACA